AUGGCAGUAGUUGCGACCCAUCAGUUUGCUCAAUGCAUCACAUGUCAUGUGUGGAGCCCCGAUCAAACAAGUAAGUUCCCUGCGCAUGGCUCCUUAGUGUUUCUAUUUGAGGUUUCUUCGUCGCUUGGAAAAUUGACCGCGGAGAGGGGAGGAAGUGACGGGAAGGCGAUUUCUUUUUAGAGAAUGUUCCGUGACUGUAGCAUCUCUAAUUGAGGAUCGCAGACGCAGUUCACUGUAACGACUUUUUGACCUGGAACCUAAUAACAUGCAAAGAAAAGCCAAUUACCUAACAAGUUCCUUUCUCUUUUAGACUUUUCGAAAUGCCAGGUAUUUGGACCAAUGUUUGACAGAUGUAUCAGAUAGGGUUUUGGGUGGAGCUUGGUUGCACUCUUUUCCGACAGACCUUGUAGACCAUUAGAUGAUGAUAGUGCGUAAUUUCUAUUUAUUCAGAUAUUUAUCCCUUUAUCCUGGACAAGAAUGAGAAGAUGACGUAAAAUACGAACCAAAUUUUUAGGUUUCGUGCACUCUUAAUCUGGUGAUAUAAUGAGAUAUGAACGAAGAAGCCUUCUAGUGUGACAUCUGAAACAGCUUCUUAGAUAUGGUGUACACUUACUUCCUGCUGCGUGGUGCAAAUCCCUUUGACGUCUCUGAGGGUACCCGGUCUUCAUUUUAUUAGUAAAAGAGGAUAGAAAUAUACCUUCAGCAGUUUAGAUACUCCUUUCAGAAAAUAUGCAUUAGAGCCUCCUCUAGCAAUAAAAAAGGCUAUGAUGGUGUAGUGUGUCUAAAUUUCGUUUUGAAUCCCCUUCACAGAUGGAAAUUUUCUUGCCGUUAAAUGUUCCAUUUCAAAUAUUGAUCGUUGCUCCUAUUUAGGAACUUCAUGUUUUCAACCUUAGCAUAUCAUGUCUUACAAUUUUCAACAAUUUUUCUCUCAAUGUUCAUAUCUAUAUUUGUGCAUAAAUACGAAAAAUAUGAUUUUAUCAAUUCGUAUGAUUCUAUAUUUUGGAGGGGGAGCCGAUGUGGACAAAGGUCUCAUUGUUUGAGAAGAUUAGCAUUUGAGUCAAAUUUAUGUAUGGCGUGCUCUCUUAUUUUGAUUCAUGCCAUAGAAAAACAAGCUAAUAGUUGAUAUUAGACGCAUGACUACUCUUCUAUAAAAAGAAGAAUAUUUUGACCUUUGUGAAUCCAGUUAUUUAGUUUUGCACAUCAGCUUCUAAUACUUGCUUAUAAUUCUGAUCCCGUUAGCUUAUAAUACUUGCUAUUGUGAAUCCAGUUUUUUUAGCUUCGCACCUCAGCUUGUGACAUGUGUCCAUUUAUUUUUUAGUGGUCGCUUUUUGCCCUAAUAACAAUGAAGUUCACAUCUAUAAGCUCAUUCAAGACAAGUGGGAAAGAGCACAUGUUCUUCAGAAGGUACAGCCUUACAUGUAGACAGCAUCUUUCGGUUACUUUUAUUUCACCCCACCGAAAUGAGGGUGAAUCAAUGUUUUAUUGGCAAAGCAAAUUACUUAAUAUCGUUUACAUAGUAGUUCGUAAAAUCUUCCCUGUGUUAGUUUGAUAGCAAGUAAAAAAAGGAUCUACUGAAUAGAAUUAGGCAUGGCCUUGGUUUACAUUUAUUCACUGGGUACACUCUGAAAAGUUGCGUUAAUUUUAUGUAAUAUCAUCCUAUCCUUAGCUGUAAUUUUUUCAUUGAAUAUUCUCACUGUUGGUUAAUCUUUAAGGAUGUGCCCAUUUCAGAUACCUUCUUAUGCUAACAAAGACCUUUGGUUUCUAUGACAGAAAUCAUAUCGAGGGAAAUAAACAUAGGUUGGUUAGUAUAUUAGAGAACUCUCACUGUGAUGUUCUUGUGUUCGGACCAUUUUCAGGUUGAAUCAUCUACCGACACAACCUGGUUAACCCUGAUGUUCCCACAGAAAAAACACUAAUUAUUUUCAAGUCUGACAGAGUCUUCAAUCUUUCCUGUCAAAUGAGUCUAUUACCCAGUAUGUAUGUGCAUACUAUGUCCAAUGACUAAUAAAGAGUCUCAUUAUUUACUGUUUGCUGAAUAAUUAUUAGUUUUCAGCUUACAUUUUGCACAGAGAAUUUCGUGUCCUUAUCACGUCUCCGGAAUAUUCGUUGGUUUUGUACUACCACUCUUUAAAAGAGCUGUCAUGGGUGAGAUGCAUGAUAUGAGAAUUUCAUGAAUCCUUAAUUUUGCUCUUAGAUCCAACGGUGAUUGUAUAAAUCACCUAGAUGAUUUCAGUUUCUUGGAAAAGAUGAGUCCACUCGUGUGGUCAACUGUAUUGUUGUUAGACCCAUCUUUUAGAGGCCAACCUGUUAUACUGAUUUUCAUCAUUUUGAAUAUUGUCCACACUACGGACUUUUUGUUAAUGACCUCACUAGUCCUAUUUUGCUACUUGUUUGAAUUUCAUGCAAUGCAGCGGGCAUUUUUAAUGCCAUUCAUUUCAUUUUGGUUUGUCUCUAAUAUUGGUCUCAUUCUGUUCAGCAUGAUCAGCUUAUAUCUGCAAUAGAUUGGAGUUCUAGGACAAACAAAAUUGUUACAGCGUCACAUGACAGGAAUUCGUGAGUUCCUAAUAGAUCAUUUGUCAAAGAUUUUUUGGCCUUUGCACUCCUUUUACAGUAUUUGAUAGUUUUUUUUCCCCUCUAGUUAUGUUUGGAACCAAGAAGGAGCUGAGUGGCUGCCAACCCUUGUCAUUCUCAGGCUUAACCGAGCUGCUCUUUGUGUUAAAUGGAGCUCAGCAGGUGUCCUCACUGGACGAUAUUGUAAUUUUUAAUUCAUCUAGCAUGCUUGUUGGCCCUUAGACUAUGAUUGCUAUAAAUAUAAAGCACAUGUGUCUCCAUCUCUGAGAGCUACGCCUUUAAUUAUUAGUUAAUUUUCAGGCAUAGGUUUUAGUGCCUUGAAUAUGCAGGUUUUGUUAGAACCUAUCUUUUUGGAAUUUCUUUUUUGAUUUAUAUCCAUUCGUUGUCAUUUGUAUGGGCAUCUACAUUGUUUCUAGCUUUUAUUUAUGCUUUGAUAAGGCUUGGCCCGAUUUUUUAAACUAUACUCAUUAUGCUGAUACGACUCAGUAAACUUCUUUUUUUUGCUUUCAAAUUGUGGAUUAGGUUAAGAUCAAUCCAAGCCAGCACGAGUCCUUGGAGAGCAUUGCUCUAAAUUCAACCAUACAUGUUAUGCCCAUCAAUUCUAACCCAUCAAACCUUAUUUGAAGCUUGAUUUUGGUUUUUUUUUUCGUUUAUCUCUCGCUGGUUAUUUCGUUGCCUUGCCUUACCCAUCUUUGCUGAUAAGCCUCCUGGUCUCAUUUUGACCCCUGGUUCUAAAAUGAUAAUAUUGAUAAUGAUUCACGAACCCCUGUUUGUCACCCCUCUUUGUCUAUCCUGAAAUAAACCAAUAUUAUUCGUGGUUGUGAAAAGAAAUCUGAAGAGGUUUUAUGGCUGACUUAGUUCUUUAUAUACCUUCCUCUUUUCAAAAGUAUAUGACUUAGUUCUUUAUAUACCUUCCUCUUUUCAAAAGUUGUUCUUUAUUAUACCCCUCUUUGUUUAAAUUGUUUCUGAAUUCACUGAUGUUGGAUUUUUUCCCUGACUUUGAUGAUUUCGUGAUCUAUGUUUGAUUGUUUCAUCAUGAUUUAGUUGAUCAUGCUCUUGCUUUAGUAAUUUGUUAUUAUGAGCUUCACUCGUUGUGCCUCACAUGUGACAGUGAAAUUUCUGGUGGCUGUUUUUCUAUUUACUUGAAUGAGAUAUCUCCAUUUUCCUGUUGUGGGACCAUUUCAUUUCCCCCGUAUGACCGUCGAUCUGCAUUCCGAAUGGAUGAUGCAUCUGAUAUCUGACGCUAUUUUCAUCUUUACUGAUGAAAAUAUCUUAUGGGACUCUAUUCACGGAUAAGUGGAAUAUACAGUUGUAGUUUCAUUGAUUAUCUCAUUGCAUUGAUGAAAUGGUCAGCUUUGGAGUUUAAUUGUUAGUUAGCUCUUUGCUAUGUUAGUUUUUUUUUCUCUGAUUAAGGUACCAAAACAACAGGGACUUUUUAAUCCUUCAUAAUUCAUGGAUGCAUUUAUUUGUUUGAGUGUGAAUAAAGACAGUUAAUUGAUAUUACCCCUAAAUAUGCAUGAAAUACUGAACUACCUGUGACGAUCCUUAGUAUUGUUUGUUUGAAGGAGAGUAUAGAUAAUUAAUAGCUAUUUCUACCAAAUAUCCAUGGAGUAAAUACUGGGCAGGCUGUAUACCGUGUUCGGGAUUACAUUGUUUUCAUUGUACAGUGACUUUCCUCGUGUGCCAUUUGUCUGUGAAGGGAAUCAGUAGUCUAUCUUCCAUUAGAAGAUUUAUAGGUAGACUUGUUUGAUCAUGUUUACACAUCACGCUUCAUAUUUUUUUCAGAAAACAAAUUUGCUGUGGGAAGUGGUGCUAAAACUGUCUGCGUUUGCUACUAUGAGAAGGACAAUGACUGGUACUUUGCUUAUGUUUCAGACUCUUGAUUUUUAAAUUACAUGUGCAAUCUUCUCACCUGCUCUUAGAAGAAGUCAGCCUGUUAUUUAUUCUACUUCUUAAUCCUUUUUUUAGCUGGCAGCACUUUAAAUGUAAAAAGCACUAUGGCCUUUUAGUGAAAUUAUUGUGGUCGUGAUACUUAGAAUUGGUUCGAUUUUGACCUGCAAAUCAAUUUGAGAUCAGCACUAUCGAUCCAACUAUAGAGAGGAAAUCCACUCCUCAUGAAAUGAAAGUAAAAGUAGAUAGCAAGUAUAACUGGCCACAGAUCAAUCAAUGUCACUUGGAUUGGCUAAUACCUGGUCAAAUAUUCUUACUGACAAUGGGCUGUCAACCCAUUCGUGGAGGGUGGAGAGAAAAGAGGAGAGAACAAGGAAACAAAUGUCUUUGCUCCUUGCAAAGGUUUUGCAUAAAAGUUCUUGAGAUUUGCGCUGGGAUUAUAUUCUUCUUCACUGUAAAUGCUCGUGCUGUACAGCUCCUAAUUUGGCCUGAUACGUGUCUGACAUCUGUUAUGAGCUUCAGUAAUUCUUACCUCGUGCUUUUUUCUUUAUUAACAUUUCAGGUGGGUCAGCAAACUUAUUAGAAAAAAGCAUUCUUCCUCCGUGACAAGUGUUGCUUGGCAUCCAGACAAUGUGAGACUGUUUCCCAUUAUUCGUUAGUAUAUUUACAGGAUUCUCGUCAGAUGAUUAAACCUCGGAUGAUGUAGACUCUCGUAUUCUUGAGAGUACGGGAGCCUGGCGGAUCCUCUAACAGGCCCUUAUUUCAGGAAUUAUGUAACUAACAUGUUUUCUUUGUGUUUUGGUGUACAAUCUUAGCAUGUCAGAAUGAGGAGGAAUCCCAUAGCAGUUCCCACUUGAUCUAUGGAUUAUUUCUUCAUUUUUAGGAUAUUUAUGUUAACACAAAUAAUGAACUCUGUAUUAGGGAUUAUAUCGAUAAAUCAUGAAAACCAAACCCUCUCACAUGCCCAAGAAUGUGUAACACAUACGAGAAAUAGUCACAUCAAUUGCUUCUCUUUUUUAGAUUUUCAAAAAAUACUUCUUAAUAUAACUAUUCUAAGUUUAUAUUUGGGAUGACAUUACAUGUGUUCUUUUGUAAAAAUAGGGACAAACUUGUAUUUUAAAAAAACGCAGAUUCUUAUGUACUAUGGCUUUCUCUUCUUUGUCAUGUGGAUUGCUCAUUUUUGUAUUUUUUAUUUAUGAGGCAGACUCACGUAGUAUUUUUUUCUUCAAUUAUUAACGCUACUCUUCUAGUUAAAUGGACCCAACUUGGCAUUGAUUGUAAUGUGCUUGUACUUGCUAGAUUCUCCUUGCUACAACAUCAACUGAUGGGAAAUGUCGAAUAUUCUCUACUUUCAUAAAGGGUGUCGAUACAAGGUUUGGUUAACUUCUUGCAGUAGUUGCUCUUGCUUUCCUCUAGUUUCUUAUGGUUUCUCACCUUGGUCACCAUUGGCUCAAUGAAACAGGGAUUCAGGGACCAGCAUUCCUGAUUCAAAGUUUGGAGAGGUUUGAUAAAUGGCUUUCUUAAUUUAAACAUUUCCUAUAACUCUCUGUAGCUUUGUGCCUAGGUAGUGUAUCGCAAAGUAUCAUUCACCUUCAAUCUUAUGAUAUAGUUUAGGUGGUUCAUAACCAUCAUUAUCAUCAGAUAUUUAUCCUGUUCAAAUGGGGUUGGCUAGACUCUGGGAAAAAAAAAAAAGGGUUUUCUGAUCGGCUCUUCUCCCUACCGACUUCCUGCAAGGUGGCAGAAGCAUCUGAUAAGUACAACCUUUACCAGUAGGGUUUCUGUUAAAAGUCAUGGAAAACAAGGGAUAAGAAUUACGUUAAACUGUUUCAAAUUUACGUCAUUCCAGGACAGUACGCUUUAUGACCUUGGAAAUUUUAGAGAAUAAAAAGGGAAGCAUGCAGCUAUCUAGAAUAAAAAGGGUUUCUGUACCAGUAGGGUGAAUAGCAUGCAGCUAUUCACCUUCAAAUUCAUGCAACAUGUUUUUAUGAGAGGUUUUUCUGUUGUGGUGAAAUAUGCUACAAUUACAAAAGUAUCUGACAAUGACACCUGUUAGGUUUUUUGCGUGUUUCUGCUGCUUAUCUUAUUUAGGAGGCCACUUUGGUUUGUAAAUUAAUUGGUCGAUUAUGUAUAGUCGAUAUUUACCCUCCCUUCUUGUUAAGGCCAAUUUGAUUUCCUUCAUGGUUAUUCAGUCUAAUAAUGUAAAAUCUUAUGAUUUUUAAGGUUCUUGACAUCAUUUUUUGUUGGCUAAAUGUUCCUUUUUAGGGGUUGGAAUAUACAAACAACUUUAAAUUUACAUAUAGAGCUCAUCCAGGUGGUGAUAGAUUAGAUGUCGUUUGGUUCCAUCUGUUUUCUUAUCCGACUUGGUACUAUGGGCCUAUGGUCCUAUUUUUAGAAUAUGGGAUGGGGUUAGAUCCAUUGCCUCGUAGCAAGGUAGCCAUUUUGCAGAUUUAAUCAUGUACAUGAAUCGGUACUGCUGUAAUAAAUGUUUUCCUUCUCCUAUUCAUUCUCAUCUCCUUUUUUCUAGAACCGUGCUACGCUGUUUAUCUUUUAUUCAUGUUACUAAUUGACUUUAUUUCUGGAUUUGGACAAAAAUCAUUUCUGUUCAUAUCAUUCGUCAAGUUCUUAAUAGUUUAUUUUAGCAAGUUAUAAUCUAGAGUCUCUUACUAAAUGAGUCCUAUUGUUGAUUUUCCCAUGGAAUUAGCAAAUUGUGCAACUUGAUCUUUCGAGCACUUGGGCAUUUGGUGUUAAGUGGUCGCCAAGUGGAAAUACUUUGGCAUACACAGGUUAUAUUUUUCUUCAGUUUUACUGAUUUUCAAAUGCAGAAAAUAAAUGUUGUCUUACUUUUUUCAGUGAGGUUUCGUUUGUUGGAUAAUCGAAAGAAUUGGCAGAAUGUAUAGCUUAUAUAUUUACUUAAUGUCCACAAAAGUUAUAUCUCCGAAGAAAAAAAACAAGAUUCCUAUCUACCCUAUCUUCUGUUUCCUAUUUCAGAUACGUCAUUUCUUUUCAUGCAUCUCCUUUGGGAUAGCUUCAGCUUUUGCAAAAAAAAUUCUCUGGGCAACCCAGUUUCAGAAAAGAAAAACGGAGAUGUUCUAGAGCAUACAUUUUUUCUAUGCAUUAUUUCCUUUUGUGACUUUUAUCUUGCAAUGCCUUGUGGAAUUGAUUUACCAUGUCGGCAUGCUCAUCUAGGAGAAAUCAUCCUGGCUGAUUCUAUAGUUGUGAAAUGAACAAACAUGAGAGAUUAUCUUGCUUGUUUACUACUCGUCAGAUUAUUGGUAUGACCAGACAGGUGAUACAGGAAUAUCUUCUCGCAUUGUCUUAUUCAUGAAUAUUGGGCAGUCUCAUCCGAGACAACUCUUUAAUGUUAUGAGGGUGGUAUACGAAACAGUAACUGUGGAGAGUUAGCUAUUAUUAUGCUUCUAGGUCUAAUGAAACAAUGUCGUGCAUUGAGAUCCUAUAUCUUUUAAAUAAUUAGUGAGUGCAUGGCUGAUGUACGGGGAUGAGAGAUUGAGAUUUCAUGGACAUUGUGUUGCUUCCCAUUUUCAACGAAAGGAAAAAAAGGGAUGCAGGAAAGCAGAUGCGCUUCCUAGUUCCUUUUAGGCAUUCUUACCGUUUGUGAUGUAACAGACGGGGUAUUAAAGUGGAAAAGAUUAAUGGUCUAGUCAAACUGGGCAAGAAAUUUUACUGGAAGUUUGAAACUGUCCACUGGAGGGAAAAUUGUUCAACUAAAGGAAGGCCAUAUGCAGUUUAAAUACUUCUAAUUCCGCCAUCUUUAUAUGCAAAAUGAUUCCCUUUUCCUCCCAAUCCACAAUUGUUUAUGAUGUGAUAAAAACCUUAAUCAGUUGUAUUGUACUUUUAUUUGAAAGGGUAGCAUCAAGUGAAUGUUUUUUUUAAUAGUGUGCCACGUAUUGUUAAUUAUGAAAAACAGAUGCGGAACUAUGCACACUUGUAUAUGGUCGGCGUGCAAAGCUAACUCUAAGGGGACACCUACCACAAGACUCACACUUUUGCCAAAUACCCUGCCUUCUAUCAUAGAUUAGCUAAGAUACAAAGAUAUUAAAUCCUAUGAUCAGCUCUCAUAGCUGAGAAAUGCAGUUAUUUCGUAACUUCGGAAUAGCCCAGAUUAGGCUCCCUUUCCUUUCCUAGUUUUGCUUCCAUCUGCCAAGGGUUUUCUUCUUCAUAAACAGUGAAUAGUUCGUAAUGUUCAUUGAAUUGAAAAUUUUCAUAUGAAGGAGCAAGUGCGUUAUGUCUUCCUUCCUUCCUUCAAGUUUCUGCGUAAACUUCACAAAGCGUUAAUGUUCAUUAUAAGCGAGCUUCAUCUGAAGAGAAUGCCAUAUUUAGUAGAUAAUUUAUAGAUGACUACUGUGCCACUUAUUCUUUUGCAAGCUCUGAAGGGCCUUCCAUUUAUCCUACCCGUCAGGUCAAAGUUCCAUGGUGUACUUUGUCGACGAUAUCGGCCCUUCUCCAGUUGCACAGAGUGUCGCAUUUCGUGACUUGCCUCUCCGUGAUGUGGGUCAGCAUCCUGUCUUCUCCAGUAUUUCUUUUCUUUUCUUUUCUUUUCUUUUAUUUUAGUUUAUUUUAUUUUAUUUUAUCUUAUCUUAUUUUAUCUUAUUUUAUCUUUCCUGGGCAUUUUUAGAAGGUUUCUUAAUCUUAAAAACUUACUACUUUCAGGUGCUUUUCAUUUCUGAGAGAAUGGUUGUUGCUGUCGGAUAUGACUGCAAUCCCAUGGUUUUUACAGCAGAUGAGAGGGGAAUAUGGUGUUCUUCCUAUUUCUCUAGCGAUUUCCCAGCUCCAUGUUUUGUUCAUACAUGAUACAUACUCGAUGCGUGGCAGAAGAAAAAUCAACCGUUUAUUUUGUUGUGGCAGGAGUUUUGUCAGAUUUCUCGAUGAAAGAAAAUUGGCUCCAUCGGGUUCGAAAUAUGGAUCUCAGGUAUUUUCUUAGAUAAUUUUUCAUAAAUAAAUUAUAUAAAUAAAUAUAGUUUUGUUGGGAGAAGUCAACAUAUUGUUCUCAAAAGGAGAUGAGGGUCUCUGAGUCUGCUUUUGACUCAUUUUUCUACAACUUUCAUGAGCCUUGUUCAUACGUCUUCAAGGUGGGUCUGCAUUUUCCGAGGCCAUUUUUUUAGUAAUGGUCACAAUUUUCGUUUCCAGUUCACAGAAGCCUUCGGCAAGUUCUAUGGCCAGUCAAAGCAAAUGGGCAGCGACACCGUUGACCCUACCAGGGCCCGGGGCGGCGCUCACGAGAAUUGUAUAACGUAUGCGGAUCUCAACCCACCCUCGUAUAACGUAUUCUUGGCAAAAUAAGUCAACUUCAACUUACCCUUUGAUUGAGUUUAUCUCCUUUCAAUCGCAUCUUUGCUCUAUGAAAAAAAAUAAAAUGAGGGGAGGGGUUGACUUUUUUAUUAUUAUUAUUAUUUUAUUUUAUUUUAUUUUAUCUCUCCCUGCAGUUGUAUCCUGCCUCUUCGAAGCGAAGGUGUAACCGUGGUGAAGCGAUUCAGCACUUCUGGUCAGACCCCUGAUGGAUGUCUAAGCUUUUGUUAUUAUUAUUAUUAUUAUUAUUAUUAUUAUUUAUUAUUACUAUUAUCGUUUCUCUUCUCAGGAUUGGAUGGCAGAAUCGUCGUCUGGGAGUUGGACAGCGACUGA